AUGGUGUCGUUGCUAACCCCACACGGAAAUGUGAAUGUCACAGGGGUCUCACGGAUUCAAGAUGGCUUCAAGUAUGUGGAGGUAGAGGGCAUCGUGAACGAUGACGGGUCUAUGCAGGAGAUGGCCGUCAGUAAUCUCGGCGACAAUUUCGGUAUGUUUGAAUGUCCUCACACCUUUACCAUGGAUGCCAAUGCUGAUUAG